AUGCAAAAAUAAACUUAGUUAACCAAGUUUUUCUCAAAGAAAGCUAAAGAAUAGCAAGAAUCACCUGUAAGAACUAAAUUAAAUGAUUUUGUAAGGUUUUAAGAUUAUAUUUGGUAGAUGUUAUUUUGUACUCCUCCUACUUAAGAAAUUUAAAGUAAAACAGAAAAUCUUAAUGCUAAAAAGAAAUGUUCUAAUAAUUUAGACAAUUGGAUUAGGAAAUCUUCCUUAUAACAAAAGAAGUGGUAAUAUAAUUUUACUUAUUAAGAAGGCCAUUUCUACCAAAAAAUCUAAUGUAUUAGAUUUACAAAUUUUUGUAAUUGAGAGAAUGUGCUACUUGUUCUUAAGUCUGCAAGUUCUGGAUGAUUUGUUAUAAUGAUAUCUAUUUCUCUUAUAGUUUCUUUAGGGAAUUUGAGACCUCUAGGUAAUAUUGACAAUUUAAUUGUUUGAGAUUUAACGAAAAGGAACUUGCCACUGUGUUGAAGAGAUCAAGUAAACAAUUGAAGCACAUAAAGAAAGUUAGAGAUAUAAUUAAAGGUUAAAAAAUAAGUUCAUUUUUGGAGAAAACUGAACUUAGAACAAUGUUAUCUGACAAUUCACAAUAAUAAGGAUCUCUAUUAGAAUUAUUUAAAUUAGAACCAAAAAAACAAUAUACAUCAGUAUUUUUAACAGACAAAGAUUUGAAUAGUAUUUGCAAAGAAAGCUAGUAAAAUAUUUGAUUUUAAAAUUUUUAGUAAAUCACUCUAAUAUAUACAAUUGAUAAGUUGUCAAUUCAUGACUGGUAAAGGUUUUGAAGUUAUUGGAAAAUGUGCAUAAUUAAGUUUAAUAAAUAUCUAAAGUAAUUGUAAUUUGAAAGAUGAAAAUAUUAAAAUCAUCUUAUAAUAAGUAUAAGAACUCAAAACUUUAAUGCUCUUAAAAUGUGAUGGUUUAACUAAUUAAGUAUUUGAAAUAAUAGGAGAUUAUUCAAAGAAGUUAGAAAGAUUGGAUAUUGGAUGUAAUCCAUAAUUGGAUCUUAUUAAAGUAUAUUAAAUAUGAUAAUUAAAUUUUAGUGUAGUCCUUUGAAGAGGAUUGAGAGUUUGCAAUCAUUUUCAAUCAAGGAAAAUAUUGUAACUAAUGAAGCUUUAGAAAUAAUCACAACUAAUCUUUAUAAAUUACAUAGUCUUAAUUUAGAAGGUUGUUUAGAAAUCAAUGGGUAUUCUCUUUUGCAAAUCUAGAAAUUAAAUUUAUAAAGGAUUAAUUUAAAAAAAAUAUAAUUCAAAGAGGAAGGUAUUAUAUUUAAUUUAUUUUAUUUUCUAGAAAUCUAUAAUUUCAUUCUAAAUACAAAGAGUAUCAAACUAUUACUUGUAAAUAAUAAUUUAUUGAGUACUCGAGUAGAAAAGAUUAUCCUUUCUAGAUAAUGA